AUGGCCGCGUCCACCCUGUCCGUCUGCUCCAGCGACCGGAGCUACGGCAGCCGCGUCUGCCUGCCCGGCUCCUGUGACGCCUGCCCCGACUCCUGGCAGGUGGACGACUGCCCAGAGAGCUGCUGCGAGCCCCCCUGCUGUGCCCCCUCCUGCUGUGCCCCCACCUGCUGUGAUUCCAGCUGCUGUGCCCCCACCUGCUGUGCCCCUUCUUGCCUGACCCUCAUCUGCACCCCUGCGAGCUGCGGGUCCAGCCCCUGCCAACCAGCCUGCACCAGCUCCUGCCAGCCCUCCUGCUGCAGCUCCUCCCCCUGCCAGGAAGACUGCUGUGUGUCUGUCUGCUGCAAGCCCGUCUGCUGCAAGCCCGUCUGUUGCACCCCUGUCUUCUGCAAGCCCGUCUGCUGCACCCCUGUCUGCUGCAAGCCCGUCUGCUGUACCCCUGUCUGCUGUAAGCCCAUCUGCUGCACCCCUGUCUGCUCUGGGCCCUCCCUCUGCUCGGCUCCCUCCUGCUGCCAGCCCAGCCCCUGCUCCUCGUCCUGCUGCAGACCGUCCUCCUGUGUGUCCCUGCUCUGCCGCCCCGUGUGCAGGCCCGCCUGCUGCGUGCCCGCCUCCUCCUGCUGUGCCCUUUCCUCCUCCUGCCAGCCCAGCUGCUGCCGCCGAGCCUCCUGCGUGUCCCUGCUCUGCCGCCCUGUGGGCUCCCGCCAGGCCUGCUGUGUGCCCGCCUCCGCCCAGAAGUCCUGCUGCUGA